CUUUUCAUUUCUUCCUCCUGCAAGCCGCUUUGAGCCUUUGACACUAUUCACCAACUUCACGCAUUGUGUCUUCCGUGUUUUAUUCCUUUCUGUGUUUCGAGCUUAUUCAUGUCGUACUCGAGGCAAAAUUCAAUUCACCAUUAGAGUUUAUUACGGGAUUUCGAAAGAGGAUUUUUUUUUUGAGUCGUCUCUAUCAAUUGACUGGGGUUAACGAUGGUUUCAAAGCCACAAGUGAGGUUUACAUUGGGGAAACAGUCGUCGUUGGCGCCUGACACGGUUUCGUGUUCGGAUUCCGAUUCAGAUGAUGGAUUGGAGGCGAUUGAUCCUAGGGUUAGGUUGAUGUUUUUCUCGAGUGAAGGCGAUUUGGAAGGGAUUAAGAAGCUCUUGGAUUCAGGAACUGAUGUUAAUUUUAAAGAUAUUGAUAAUCGUACAGCUUUGCAUGUAGCAGCCUGUCAAGGGUUUACUGAUGUUGCUGAAUUGUUGCUGGAGCGCGGCGCUGAAAUUGACCCCCAAGAUAAAUGGGGUAGCACGCCUCUUGCAGAUGCAAUCCAUUAUAAAAACCAUGGCGUUGUCAAACUCUUGGAGAAACAUGGUGCCAAGCAUCUGGCAACUCCAAUGCAUGUCAACAAUGCUCGUGAAAUUCCUGAAUAUGAAAUCGAUGCCAAAGAGCUUGAUUUCACAAACAGCGUGGACAUCACCAAGGGAACAUUUGCCAUAGCUUCAUGGCGUGGAACACAAGUAGCUGUUAAAAAGCUUGGGGAUGAACUUUUUACCGAUGAGGAGAAAGUAAGGGCAUUUAGAGAUGAACUUGAUCUGUUUCAAAAGAUCCGGCAUCCAAAUGUGGUUCAGUUUUUGGGUGCUGUAACUCAAAGUAGUCCAAUGAUGAUUGUUAUUGAAUAUUUACCUAAGGGUGAUCUUAGAGCAUUUUUGAAAAGAAAAGGAGCACUAAAGCCAAUUACAGCUUUAAAGUAUGCCAUGGAUAUAGCAAGGGGAAUGAGCUAUUUGCAUGAGAACAAGCCAGAACCAAUCAUUCACAGGGACCUCGAACCUUCAAAUAUUUUGCGGGAUGAUUCUGGACAUCUGAAAGUUGCUGACUUUGGAGUCAGCGAAUUACUCAAAGGGACACACGCAGCCAAACACGAAAAGCCCAUGUCACAUCAAGACACUACUUCAGGGAGGUAUGUUGCUCCAGAGGUGUUUAGAAACGAAGACUAUGAUACCAAAGUGGAUGUUUUCUCAUUUGCUUUAAUUUUACAAGAGAUGAUUGAAGGAUGCCAGCCAUUUGUUACAAAGAAUGAAAGAGAUGUCCCUAAAUUAUAUGCUGCAAAAGAACGGCCUCCUUUUAAAGCUCCAUCAAAGAGUUAUGCACAUGGGCUUAAAGAGUUAAUCGAGGAGUGUUGGCAUGAGAAUCCGGAGAGGAGACCGCCAUUCAGACAAAUCAUCAUUCGCUUGGAAUCAAUUUACAAUUCCAUUGACCCAAAAAAGCAUUGGAAGGUCCAACGGUUUAGAUGCUUCCGGAUGAUGGGAAUGUGCAAGGGAGAAGAUUCCGAUACAAGUACCAACAACCGGUCGUCUUGGAUUUAAACUACGCAACAAAAUUUCAAUUUUUUUUUUUUUUUUGAAAUGUACAUGAACUCCCAAAUGUUGCAUCCAAAUUUGUUUCUAAAAGUAGAUUAAAAUCUGCUUGGAGCAUUUGAAGUUUCAAGUUUUUCCUUUUUCCUUGUAAAGCCUGGU